AUGCUGGAGACAUUUAUCCACGAGCCUUCUGUACUGAACAUGAGAGUGCCCAACCUUUUUCUGGGCGCCAUAACAGCCACUCUCGGGGCGGCAGUUGUCAAUGGCAAGGCGCUAAGAUCAUCCUGUCCAGCAACUCAUGGAACUGCAGCAGAUGGCAGCGACUCCAUUCUGCAGACGGGGUAUCUCAUUGGGAAUGGGAAGCUCGGAGCAAUCCCGUUCGGACCUCCAGGUGCUGAGAAAAUCAACCUGAAUGUCGACUCUCUGUGGUCGGGUGGUCCUUUCGAGGUCGAGAACUACACCGGCGGCAAUCCGCCCUCGCCUCUAUACGACGCUCUCCCUGGAAUCCGAGAGAAGAUCUUUCAGAAUGGAACAGGUGAGAUGCAAGAGCUACUAGGCAGCGGGGACCACUACGGCUCUAAUCGCGUGCUGGGGAAUAUAACCAUCUCCUUCGACGCAGCGGAAUCAUACACCAGAUAUGAGAGAACACUUGAUCUGUCGGAUGGUGUUCACCGGACUAAGUAUAGAGUCGGGAAUGGGUCAGCCGAGAUUGAGUCUUUCAUCUUCUGCUCCUACCCCGACCAAGUCUGCGUCUAUCAUCUGCAAUCGGAUGCGAACUUACCAGUUGUCACCGUCAACUUCGAGAAUGUUCUUGUCGAUCAGACUCUCCUGCGGACCUCCUGCAAAACCAACAAAGACAGGGCCGUUCUACGGCAUUCCGGUGUCACGCAAGCGGGCCCGCCUGAAGGGAUGAAGUAUACCGCGAUUGCGGAGGUGCUAGAUGUCAAAUCCACAACCACUUCAUGUCUGCAAGAGAGUAGGCUGCAAGUAUCCUCCAGGAAGAAGGAGGUCACUAUAGUCAUCAGCGCGGAAACAAACUACGACCAGAAGGCAGGAAAUGCGGCAAAUAAUUGGUCGUUCAAGGGAGAAGACCCUGAGCCCGUUGUUGAUAGGAUCUCCUCCGGAGCCAGCUCAAGAGGCUACAGAGCCCUUCUUAAUCGCCAUAUCAAAGACUACCAGUCUCUGAUGGGAGAGUUCACCCUCGACCUCCCAGAUAUUCUAGGGUCAAGCGGCAAAGACACGGCCUCUUUACUCGAAUCCUACUCCUACGACUCAGGGACCGGAGACCCCUAUCUAGAAUCCCUCCUCUUCGACUACGCCCGCCACCUCUUAACCAGCUCUAGUCGGCCGAACUCUCUCCCAGCAAACCUGCAAGGCCGCUGGACCGAGUCACUGACCGCCGCAUGGAGCGCCGACUACCACGCCAACAUCAACCUGCAGAUGAACUACUGGCUCGCAGACCAGACCGGCCUGGCAGAGACACAGCACGCGCUCUGGAACUACAUGGAGGAUACCUGGAUUCCGAGAGGCACGGAGACGGCGCGCCUCCUGUACAACGCAAGCGGGUGGGUCGUGCACAACGAGAUGAACACAUUCGGGUUCACGGCGAUGAAGGGGGAUGCAGGCUGGGCGAACUACCCCGCCGCCGCAGCCUGGAUGAUGCAGCACGUGUGGGACGCGUUCGACUACACGCGCGACGAAGCCUGGCUCCAGGGCCAGGGGUACGCGCUCCUCAAAGGCGUCGCGGCAUUCUGGGCCUCAAGCCUCGUAGACGACGAGUUCUACAACGACGGCUCGCUGGUCGUGAAUCCGUGCAAUAGCCCCGAGACCGGGCCGACGACGUUCGGGUGCGCGCACUACCAGCAGCUGAUCGUCCAGGUUUUCGAGUCCGUGCUUGCGGCGCAGGAGUUCGUGCACGAGACCGAUGUCCAGUUCGUCGCGGAUAUCGCCGCGGCUUUGGAGAGGCUAGACACAGGCCUGCAUUUUGCGUCGUGGGGCGGGCUCAAGGAGUGGAAAUUGCCCGAGCGUUAUGGGUACGAUGUCAAAAGCACGCAUCGCCAUCUCUCGCAUUUGGUAGGGUGGUAUCCAGGCUACUCCAUCUCCUCCUUUGCAAGCGGGUACAACAACGUCACGAUCCAAAACGCCGUCCGGGAAACGCUGAUCGCGCGCGGGCUGGGCAACGCGCAAGACGCAAACGCGGGCUGGGCCAAGGUGUGGCGGGCGGCGUGCUGGGCGCGUCUGAACGAUAGCACCAUGGCCUACGCUGAGCUGCGGUAUGCGAUUAGUGAAAACUUCGUGGGGAACGGGCUGAGCAUGUACUGGGCGACGAAUCUGCCGUUCCAGAUCGAUGCGAAUUUCGGGCUUGCGGGGGCGGUGCUGGGGAUGUUGGUUGUGGACUUGCCUUUGGCUGCUGGUGAGACUGAGGCGAGGACGGUCGUGCUGGGGCCGGCGAUUCCGGGUGCUUGGGGGCGUGGGAGGGUUCGGGGGUUGAGGCUGCGGGGGGGUGGGAAGGUCGAUUUUAGCUGGGAUGGGAGGGGGGUUGUGGAUUCUGUCAGGGUUGUAUCGAUGCUUAAGGGGAAGGUGAGGCUGGUUAAUGUUGAAGGGAGGGUUCUUGUUGAGGGUUGA